AUGUAUCAAACUACUAUUCAUGCAAAUAUUGCCGAAAAACAAAAAUAUGCACAUGGUUUUAGCAUAGCUAAAAGUGGGCUAAAGUUUGCUAUAAAAAAUGAAUUAGUUAAUGAAUUUGUAGAAUUGACAGUAAAAUUUAUUAAAAACAAUUUUGAGGUUAAUACCAAUGAACAAAUAACUGUUGAUAGCAACCAAAUUAAAAAUUCAAAAAAGUUAA